AUGUCUCAUCAGAAUCAGGGACGCGGCAGACAGUCAUAUCGUGGCCAAAGCCAGGGUCGUGGCUACGGCCGUGGUCGUAGUUGUGAUCAGAAUCAAGGACAGAAUCAGCCCCAAAAUCCAAAUCCAAGCUGGAACCGAGGUCGGAACCAAAGCCAAAGCCAAAGCCAGAAUCGGGGCCAAAGAAUAGAUCAGUCUCAAGGCCGAGGUUCUAGAUCCAGCCAACAUCGCGAGGUCAACAGACCAGUAGAAAAUCCGCCCGAGCCCCCCGAAGAAAUCACCAAGACCGAGGAUAAAAUCCUAAACUCUGUCAAAAUCCAAGCCGAUGAUUGGAAUAUUACCCCCCGGAGACCGAGAUAUGGAACAGGACGAAACGAGAUCACCCUUUGGGCUAACUACUUCGAACUCGAUGUAGAUACACGCGGAAAACUAUUUCAGUACGAUAUAGUAUUUCCGGACCAGGAAAGAAAGCCUACUGGGAAAAAGCUUGCGCGCGUCGUUAAGUUACUUUUAGAUAGCAAGAAGUUUGAGCCAUACAGUGUAGUUACCGAUUUUGCUACGACACUCAUCUCCCAUACAAAUCUCCCAGAAGAAUCGUUCACGGUAUCCUACUGCGAUGAGCACAACGUUCGAGAGAGUAAAAGUACAAUGAAUUAUAUCGUACAGAUAAAAUAUACGGAUAUCCUACUCAUCGAUCAUUUACUCGAGCAUUUAAAAGAUCCUAACAAACCUUGCGAAAGAGAAAACAUUGUCAAGGCACUUAAUAUCUUUUUAAACCACUACCCCCAAGGCUCGAAAGGCCAUGCCACGAUCGGUUCGAGCAGAUCAUUUCCAUUAGAUGAUACUUCCCGCAUAUGCAAGGGUUUACAGUUUGGCUGUGCUGCAGUCAAGGGGUACUACUCCAGCAUUCGGCCGGCCACUUCGCGAAUCCUCGUCAAUAUAAAUGUCACCUAUGGCAUUUUUCACCAGAAGAAUGGCUUGGCCCAUAUAAUGUCCAACUUUAUUAAGAAAUGGGGUGAUAGCCCUGCGGCUCUUCAGAAAUUAGCGGCAUCCCUUAAAGGGGUCAGAAUCGAACAUAAUUAUCUGAAAGACAAAACAGGUAACCACAUCCGCCGAGUAAGAACCAUCUUUGACCUUGCGUCGAAAGAAGACGGCUCGCCAGAAAAAGACGAGAGAGAUAAAAAGCAGCCGCGGGUACCUUCCUACGGGGCUAAAGCCAAGGAAGUUGAAUUCUGGUUUAAUGAUGGUUAUAUCACCGUCUCCAAGUUCUUCCAAAAAGAAAACAAAGUAACAACGAAUAGCGAUCUACCGCUAAUCAAUGUCGGGUCACGUACGCACCCGACGUAUCUUCUACCGGAUGUAUGUGAAGUGCUGGCUUGGGAGAGAGCCAAGGUAGUUCGAUACGACAAAGAUAUGGUUUCUCGCAUACCUAUCCACGGCCCUUCGGAAAAUGCAAACGAUAUUGAAAACAACGGCUUGAGGGCAAUUGGAAUGUCAAACGGAGACGCUCGUAACAGUAAGAGACUGGAAAAUUUUGGUAUUUCAGUUAGCAAACCCAAGUUGAUCACCGUCAAAGGCCGCAGGUUAUCUGAGCCUGAAAUUCAAUAUAACUAUGGACGUGCGAUAAAGAGUAGUAACUGGAACUUGGAAAACAUACAGCUUGCGUCUAAACCGGUUGAAAAGCGCUGGACAUGUGUGAUUAUACAACCCAGAAAAGAUGAUACAGCACGUCUCAACGAUAGCCUCCAGGAGCUUCACGAUAUGUUGAAGAAAAAUGGCGUGUCCAUCGGAAAACCACAUCCUUCAAACGUUGAAACCAUAUUAUAUCAUGAGGCCAAAGCCCUCGAGAGCGAGCUCCGGAAUGUAUUUGGACGUGUGGCCGAGAAAGUCGACUUUUUACUCGUGGUCUUACCGACGAAAGAAUCGUUUACUUACAAUUACGUGAAGAGACUUGGCGACAUAGAAUAUGGGAUCCCAACUCUCUGCAUUUUUAGAGAUACUCUUAUUCCUAAACCCCGUCCUAGUUACUUCUCUCCUAAACCUUCCGGUAGUUCUUCUGGUAAUUCUUCUAGAAAUGCCCCUAUAGACACCCCUAAAAGGAUUUCUGGGAACCUUGUCGGAAACCUGGCUCUGAAGCUCAAUUUGAAGUUCAAAAACAAUAACCAAACUGUCAACUUAGGAAAACUGGAUUCUAAACUCAACUUAGGGGAAACAAUGAUCGUAGGCAUUGACGUUACCCAUUCUCCAGUCCCGGGCCAACCUAGCAUCGCAGGAAUGGUGGCCAGCAUUGACAAGAACCUCGGGCAGUGGCCUGCUGUCUUGCGGCACCAGGAGAAGCCGCGUAUCGAGAUGGUAACGCACCUGAGAGAGAUGCUUGAAACUCGGCUCAACCUCUGGUGCUCAAGACACAGAUCCUACCCCAAGAACAUCAUUGUCUACCGCGAUGGAGUCUCCGAAGGCCAGUAUAAGCUUGUCGUCAACGAGGAACUCCCAAAGUUGAAAGAUGCAUGCAAGAAGCUAUACAGUCAAGUAGACAUGCCAAGGAUUACCAUCGUCGUUGUCGGCAAACGACACCACACUCGAUUUUACGCCGGAAAGAACAGGGAUAACCCGAGUCCGGGAACAGUCGUCGAUCGCGGCAUUACAGAGGCCCUCAACUGGGAUUUCUUCCUACAGUCACAUAAAGCAAUCAGAGGCACCGCCCGUCCGGCCCACUACUUUGUCGUCCACGACGAGAUAUUCGGGGAUAAGUUUAAAGAAGGAAAUGCGGCCAACGCGCUGGAGAUUUUUACUCAUUCCCUAUGCUACAUAUUUGGGCGGUCGACUGGUCCCGUUAGCAUAUGCACGCCGGCUUACUACGCGGAUAUCGCCUGCAACCGUGCUCGUUGCUACGUUGCUGCUGGUACCACGAGCUCUGCAGCUUCCCAAGCUCAAGUUGCUGGCUCGGCAUCGGAUGGACAACGACCUCUUGGGAGUGAAGGUCUUCUUCUCCAUCCGAGGAUGAAGGAUAGUAUGUUUUACAUCUAAGAAAUUGAUGGGGUCCCUUCCUAGGGGUUCACCCCUUGGGUAUCUAUGAUUUUAGGGUUGAAUUCUGGUCAGAAUAGGGACACGGCAG